GCAGCCGCAGCGACGGCAGCCACGGGAGCCGCCGCGUAUUAUGCAAAGCGGCGGCAGACGCGAGCGGGGCCAGCUGGGCGCGCGUCGGCCUCACCUCCCAGCGGCUCGCCCAGCCGCCGCCUGACUCUCCCGGGAGACUCCCUCGGCCCGGGCCCGGGGCCGAGGAGGGCCGGGAUGGCCUGAGUGCCCGCGUCGCGGCGGCGCAGCAGCGGGAUUGCACCAUGGGGAACCAGGAUGGGAAGCUGAAGAGGAGCGCAGGUGAUGCCUUGCACGAAGGCGGCGGCGGCGCCGAGGAUGCGCUGGGGCCCAGGGAUGUGGAAACCACAAAGAAGGGGAGCGGGGGUAAGAAGGCGCUGGGCAAGCACGGCAAGGGGGGAGGGGGCGGCGGCGGGGAGUCGGGCAAGAAGAAGAGCAAGUCGGACUCCAGAGCCUCGGUGUUUUCCAACCUGCGGAUCAGGAAGAAUCUGUCCAAGGGGAAGGGCGCCGGCGGCUCCCGCGAAGAUGUGCUGGAUUCCCAGGCCCUGCAGACCGGGGAGCUGGACAGCGCUCACUCCCUGCUCACCAAGACUCCGGACCUCAGCCUCUCGGCGGACGAGACCGGCCUGUCGGAUACCGAAUGUGCGGACCCUUUUGAGGUGACCCGUCCAGGGGGUCCUGGGCCUGCCGAGGCUAGGGUCGGGGGCCGGCCUGUCGUCGAGGAUGUGGAAACUGCAGCAGGGGCGCAGGAUGGACAGAGGACCAGCUCGGGCUCGGACACGGACAUCUAUAGCUUCCACUCGGCUACGGAGCAAGAGGAUUUGCUUUCAGACAUCCAGCAGGCGAUUCGUCUGCAGCAGCAGCAGCAGCUCCAGCUCCAGCUCCAGCAACAGCAGCAGCAGCAGCAGCUCCAGGGCGCCGAGGAGCCUGCAGCGCCCCCCACCGCCGUCUCCCCUCAGCCCGGGGCCUUCCUGGGCCUGGACCGGUUCCUGCUGGGGCCGAGCGGCGGGGCUGGGGAGGCCCCGGGCAGUCCGGACACUGAGCAGGCGCUGUCCGCGCUCUCCGACCUGCCCGAGAGCCUGGCCACCGAGCCCCGGGAGCCCCAGCAACCGCCGUCCCCCGGCGGCCUCCCAGCCUCCGAGGCGCCCAGCCUCCCGGCGGCCCAACCCGCGGUCACAGACUCGCCCUCCUCCACGGCUUUCCCGUUUCCCGAGACCGGGCCGGGGGCGGAAGCGGCUGGAGCCCCCGUGCGAGGGGCUGGGGACACGGAUGAGGAGGGCGAGGAGGAUGCUUUUGAGGAUGCGCCCCGGGGCUCUCCGGGGGAGGAGUGGGCCCCGGAGGUGGGAGAGGACGCCCGGCAGAGGCUGGAGGAAGAGCCGGAGGAGGAGGCGCAAGGACCUGACUCCCCCGCGGCCGCUUCCCUGCCCGGCAGCCCCGCGCCCAGCCAGCGCUGUUUCAAGCCUUACCCGCUCAUCACCCCCUGCUACAUCAAGACCACCACCCGGCAGCUCAGCUCGCCCAAUCACUCCCCGUCUCAGUCCCCUAAUCAGAGCCCCAGGAUCAAGAGGCGGCCGGAGCCCUCCUUGAGCCGAGGGUCCAGAACUGCCCUGGCCUCCGUAGCCGCCCCGGCCAAGAAGCACCGGGUCGACGGCGGCCUUGCGGGCGGCCUGAGCCGCUCGGCAGACUGGACGGAGGAGCUGGGCGCCCGCACGCCCCGGGCGGGAGGCUCCGCGCACCUGCUGGAGCGCGGGGUGGCCGCUGACAGCGGCGGUGGGGUGUCCCCGGCACUGGCCGCCAAGGCGUCUGGGGCGCCAGCGGCUGCGGAUGGCUUCCAGAACGUGUUCACAGGGCGAACACUGUUGGAGAAGCUGUUCAGCCAGCAGGAGAACGGGCCUCCAGAAGAAGCAGAGAAGUUUUGCUCACGGAUCAUUGCCAUGGGUCUUCUCCUUCCUUUUAGUGAUUGCUUCAGGGAACCGUGUAAUCAGAAUGCCCAGACCAAUGCAGCUUCGUUUGAUCAAGAUCAACUUUAUACCUGGGCUGCAGUUAGUCAACCCACACACUCGUUGGACUAUUCAGAAGGGCAGUUUCCUAGGCGGGUCCCAUCCAUGGGGCCAUCAUCCAAACCUCCUGAUGAAGAACACAGGCUCGAGGGUGCUGAAACAGAAUCUCAACCUGCUGUUUCGGAAACUCCCAAAAAACGCUCGGAUGCUGUCCAGAAGGUUGUCAAGUUAUUAAGCAACAAAAGAUCACAAGCAGUUGGAAUACUAAUGUCUAGUCUUCAUUUAGAUAUGAAAGACAUACAACAUGCUGUUGUGAACUUGGAUAAUUCUGUGGUUGACCUGGAGACCCUUCAAGCUCUCUAUGAGAAUAGAGCACAGUCAGACGAACUAGAAAAAAUAGAAAAGCAUGGCCGAUCUUCCAAAGACAAGGAAAAUGCCAAGUCUCUGGACAAACCUGAACAGUUCCUUUAUGAACUGUCACUAAUCCCCAACUUUUCAGAGCGAGUCUUUUGCAUCCUGUUCCAGUCCACGUUUUCAGAAAGCAUUUGCUCAAUUCAUCGCAAACUGGAGUUACUACAGAAAUUGUGUGAGACGUUAAAAAAUGGCCCAGGGGUUAUGCAGGUUCUAGGUUUGGUUCUUGCCUUUGGCAACUACAUGAAUGGAGGAAAUAAGACUCGAGGACAAGCAGAUGGCUUUGGAUUAGACAUUCUUCCAAAACUGAAAGAUGUCAAGAGCAGUGACAAUAGCAGAAGCCUUUUGUCAUAUAUUGUUUCGUAUUAUCUCCGAAAUUUUGAUGAGGAUGCUGGAAAGGAACAGUGCCUCUUUCCACUGCCAGAACCCCAGGACCUUUUCCAGGCCUCGCAGAUGAAGUUUGAAGAUUUUCAAAAAGAUCUCAGAAAACUGAAGAAAGAUUUGAAAGCCAAAAUUGACCAAGAGGCAGAGGAAAAUUCACUGACAGAGACUCAUAAAUGCUUUUUGGAGACUACGGCAUAUUUCUUCAUGAAACCAAAACUUGGAGAGAAGGAGGUGUCCCCAAAUGCUUUCUUCAGUAUCUGGCAUGAAUUCAGCUCUGACUUUAAAGACUUCUGGAAGAAAGAGAACAAACUUCUUCUACAAGAGAGAGUAAAAGAAGCCGAGGAGGUGUGUAGACAGAAGAAGGGAAAAUCACUUUAUAAAAUAAAACCAAGACAUGACUCUGGAAUUAAAGCAAAGAUAAGCAUGAAAACUUGAACAAUGAAAAGCAGAAUGAAAAUGAGUCAUUGCAACGACUUUCACAAAAUUCAGCUGACCUGAGGGUGGGAAGGGAACUACCGUCGUUCUGCUCAUGUUUCUUCUUGACCUCUUGCAUAAUCUUUUUGUUUUCUACACAGUUCACUAAUUGUUGAAUUUGACUGUAUAUUCAUAUAAAAAUACAAAAGUACUAGACCGGUGGAGAAUUUGACACCUUUUCUUUUUGUAAAAGUUUAUGGUAUUAUACCGAUAGACCAAAACAGCAUGUAUAAGAGGCAGUAUCUGCACUAAUUCUGAACAUGCUAAACAUUAACUAAAAUUCACUGUUGUGAGAAUAUUCCUCAUCACAGCAAAAACACUUUCCUUUCUACUGACAACCAGUCCACAUCACAGCAUUUAGACAUAUGGGUAAAAUGUUAUUUCUAGUGAAUUGUUUGUAUCAGUUCCAUGUCUACGUGUAAAUUUUCUAUUUUAAAAUUUGAGUACCAUUUAUAAUCAGUGCUUUCCAAACUCUUGGGUUGCUCUCCGUAGCUAUAUAUUUGUGAAAGAAGAUGGUCAUUUUUUUUACUGAAGUCAUACAAUGAGUUGAGUCAGCUCAUAAUGCAAAACGUGAUGGUUUUGUAUGAGCUGGUUUUUUUUUUUUUUUUCAUUACUUUUAAUGAUCUUCAUUGCAAGUUACAGUUGUGGAUAAAGGGGAGAAUUUAUUGCUCUUGCAAACCAAUUAUGGAAAGCAACUUAAGAAAAACAAUGUUCUAAAUCAUAAUUGUUUGUAUUUAUGUAAAGUAUGGUCUCUUACUUUUUAGUUUGUAGUUUAAGUGCAAAGAAACAGUAGUGGUUUUUUUCCUGUUGUUUUGUAGUCUUCCUGUCCCCUUCAGUCCUUCCAGUGUGUAUAUUGCCAUUCUCCAGUGAAAUAAUAGGGCAUUUAACAAAGAUCGCUAUGUGCAAUACUGUAUUUAGUGUUUCUAUUUCAAUUUUUCUAGGAUGUUAAUUUAUAUGAAAAUAAAAUGAAUAAUAAAAGAAUAAAGAUACUUGCAAAA